GUUUGUUCAGUCAGCGCCUUUCAUCCGGUACACGCGGUGUCGUCACGUCUUAGGCACGACGUUCUUAUCGCGUUAGAUUUUAUGACAAAAAAAAGCGUUGCGAAUAUUCGUGAACUUAUCGUUGUUUUAUGGUGAUCGAGUGAAUUAUUACGAAGGAUUGGACGAUGGCGAGAUUUGCUCAGCGUCCCGAGAACGCCCUGAAAAGGGCUAACGAGUUCAUUGAAGUUGGGAAACCUGCGAGAGCUUUGGACACAUUGCAAGAGAUAUUCCGGAACAAAAAAUGGACGUACAGCUGGUCGGAAUCGGUGCUAGAGCCGAUAAUGUUCAAAUAUCUGGAUUUGUGCGUAGAGCUGAAGAAAUCGCACAUAGCAAAAGAGGGCUUGUUCCAAUACCGCAACAUGUUUCAAUCGGUGAAUGUUGGAAGUUUGGAAAAUGUUAUCCGUGGUUACUUGCGUAUGGCAGAAGAGAAGACAGAUGCUGCACGGAAGCAGAGUCAACAGGCGGUGAUAGACAUCGACGAUCUCGAUAAUUUGGCAACACCGGAGAGUAUUCUGUUGACCGCGGUGAGCGGUGAAGAUGCUCAAGAUCGUAGCGAUCGUACGAUUUUAACGCCGUGGGUUAAAUUCCUCUGGGAAUCUUAUUGUCAAUGUCUCGAGUUGUUGCGUACGAACGCUCACGUGGAGACGCUUUAUCACGACAUAGCUCGUAUGGCUUUUCAGUUCUGUCUCGAGUACAAUCGCAAAACAGAAUUCCGCAAGUUGUGCGAAAAGUUGCGCAAGCAUCUCGAGGAAAUAUGCAAAUUGCCUCAAUUGGUUUCCAACGUGUCGAUGAACAAGGCAGAAACGCAACAAUUGAAUCUGGAGACGCGACUGAACCAGCUCGAUUCAGCGAUCCAGAUGGAACUCUGGCAGGAAGCUUACAAGGCAACCGAGGACAUUCACGGUCUGAUGAAUCUUUCGAAGAAGCUUCCGGUUCCUAAGACCAUGGCGAAUUACUAUCAAAAGCUUGCUAUGGUCUUCUGGAAAGCAGGCAAUUAUCUGUUCCAUGCAGCAGCAUUGUUCAAGUUGUUGCAACUUUCUAGGGAGAUGAAAAAGAACAUGUCCCCAGAGGAGCAGCAGAGAAUGGCCAACAGAGUGCUGCUGGCAACACUUUCGAUACCACUGCCAUCGGCGCAUCCAGAGUUCGAUCGUUUUAUCGAAACGGACAAGAGUCCCUUGGAGAAAGCCCAAAAACUGGCUGUUCUCCUCGGUCUUAGUCAACCUCCGACAAGAGUCUCACUUUUGCGCGACAUUGUUCGUAUGAACGUCGUCAAUUUAGCCUCGCCUCAGCUGCAGGAGCUUUAUUCUUGGCUCGAGGUUGAAUUUCAUCCCCUUCAACUUUGUACUCGCGUAAACUCCGUCAUAACCACGUUGCAAGUCGACGAAUCAUCGCCACUGGCUCAAUACGUUUCAGCUCUGCAAGAUGUUACUCUCGUACGUCUGGUCCAUCAAAUUUCGCAGGUUUAUCAGACAAUCCAAUUCGCCCGGUUGCUCGAAUUGGCCAAAUUCACUACUGAUUUUCAUCUGGAACGUUUGUUGGUACAUUGCGUGCGUUACAACGACAUGCAAAUUAGAAUAGAUCAUGGGAAGCGUUGCAUACACUUCGGAGUCGAUUUGAGCGAGGCUCAACGCGAAGACCAUCCGGACGGACCGGUUUUACAAGCCAUGCCUUCCGAGCAAAUCCGAUGCCAGCUAGUCAACAUGGCAACUGUAUUGCAUCGCGCGAUCAACGUCAUCUGUCCGAACAAGCGCAAGCAGGAGAGAGAAAAAUUAAGGGCAUCCCUGGUGGCUCUCUACCAUGAGACCAAGGUCAAAGAGCAUCAUCGUGUUCUUGGACGGCAGCACAUAAUUGAGAAACGCAAGGAAUAUAUCGAGCAGAUAAACACGAUAAGGGAGGAAGAGGAAAUGCGACGACAGGAGGAACUCCAUCGUCAGCAAGUUUUAGCCGAACAAAAACGGUUGGAACAGGAGCGGGAAGAAAGGGAGAGAAAACGUCAGCAGACCGAAAUACAGCAGAUCAAGGAUCGUCAUCUGAAAGAAAAGAUGCAACAAAUAUCGCAAACUUCCCACGGGCAAAAAGUCCUCAAGAAAUUGGACGAGGACGAGAUUAAGAAAUUGGAUGCGGAGCAAAUCGCGGCCAGGGAGGCCGAGGAAUUGCAAAAAGAACGACGCGAGAUGCAACAAAAGCUCAAGUCUCAAGAGAAGAAGGUGGAUUAUCUCGAGCGUGCCAAGAGAAUCGAAGAAAUUCCUCUGUUGGAAAAGGCUGUUGAGGAGAAAACUGAGCAAGCUAAACAGCGCUGGGAGCAACAGGAACAGGAGAGAAUUCUCGCUGCUAUUGAGGAACGUCGACAGGCCGUUGCUACGCGUGAACGAAUGGCGCGAAUGAAAGAAGACCACGAUCAAUUUUUGGCCAAAAUACUCGCCGAGCGUAAGAGCGUCUAUCUUGAAAAACUGCACGAUUUUGAAAAAAUGCUGAACGAAGAAAGAGCCAAAAGGUUGUUGGAACGUAAGAUCCAGCGUAAAGCUGAAAGGAAGGCCAAAUGGGAGAAGGAAAGGGCCGAAGCUGCUGAACGUAAGAGACUCGAAGAAUUACGUCUACGCCAGGAAGAGGAGAAGAAACGAAUGGAAGAAGAAAGGGCCAAAAGAGAGGAAGAGGAUCGUAUUAGACGCGCCGAAGAAGAAGCCCGCGAGGCCGAGAGACUCGCUAAGCUUGAGAGACAGGCUGAAAUUGUCCGAGCCAGGGAGGCCGACAUCGAACGAAAACUCGAGGAACAGCGUCUCAGGGAUCAAGCCAACGACUCCUGGCGACCUGGACGAGGAUCGCAUAAUCGCGACCCUCCAUCGAAAAUGUCGACUGGAAGCUCUGGAGAAUCCGGCGUUUCCUCUUGGCGCAGUGGGCUGAAAGAUUCUCUGAGGGACGACGAUUCUAAAGACACUUCCGACGAUCGAUUCAAACGCAUCGAUCGUAGCAAUCCUGAUGAUGAUGGUCGCAGCAAAUCUUGGUACAACGCAUCAAAAUCCAGCGAUAUAAGAGACCGAGGUGAUCGAGGCGAUCGUGAUCGCGGCAGAGAUGACAGGAACAAAGAUCAUCGGGAUAGACGAGACGAUAGAGGCUCCAACAGUUACGAUAAACCAUCCUCCCGAGGAGUAAUGGGUGGCAGUUGGCGCGAUUCCCGUGGUUCGGAGCCUCGUCCACUGAUGCCGCGUCGACAGGAGGACCGUAUGCAACGUCCACUUGGUCGCGAUGAUUCUGACAAACCGAAAUUCCAGAGUUUGCGCUCUGCAGGCGCAUCCGAAUGGCGCCGAGCUCCUGAAGCUUCGCAAGAUUCUCCAAAAGAAAUGCCCCGUCGCGAUCAACCGCUUCCCGAUGAGUCCAAGGACGAUUUAAGAUCGAAGCCCGUCGAAAAAUUGGAUACUCAAGCACCGGAAGAAGAUGGCUGGUCCAAAGUCGGAAGUAGACGUUAACAAAAUAUCGCACUGUAGACACAUGCAUCAUCGUUUUUUUUUCGCGAUUAAUAAUCGUGCGCAAUUAUUCUCCAUUAUAACCGGAGGUGACGAUCGGAAUAAUAGAAAUUAUGAUGAGGCCGAUAUCGAUUUUUCGAUUUUCCAAGGUAAACCCAACGUAUACAUAUAUAUACAUAUAUAUAUAUAAAACAUGAACAUUUUUUGUUUUUCUGGAACGCAAACUUGUCCAUCGAUGGAAUAUUGAUUUGUGACUCGAAAACAAUAUUGUUAUGUUUUAUUUUAUUAAAGUAUUCUCGCCCAUUCGCCAGUUUACGGGAAUGCGAAUGACGUUUUUUUUUCAAUUUCGUAUGCAACACGGCGAAAACAAGCAGAUCAAAGUAAAUCGUCGAAACCAUAAUUUUUUUACGUAGUAUAUAUAUCUAUAUAUAUGUGGUCGAACGAAGUUUUGGUUACUGGCCAGGAAAAUCAGCAGUGAAUGUGAGGUUAUCCUUCGAGAGGAUUUUUUGAACGGUUUUCGUAUUUGUAAGAAGGAAGAAAAGUCAUGUCGGCUGCUCUCCAUCGGUCUUGGUAUCGCAGCUUUGUGAAAAUGAGCUUUGCGAUGUUAAUAAAGUUCUCUUGUAUCUUAAAACAUA